UAGAAAGUCUUUAUAAAAUUCUCUGCUGUGAUAAACUAUAGCAAGGGAAGGUUUCACAUUUUAGCGAAAUGAGAGCCUUCACGGCCGCACUGUUCCUCUUCCCUCUGAUCGCGCUGCAGAACGCCCGUGCUGUGAGUUCCGAGGACUGCGCUGCUACUGAGCCCUUUGCUGCGAAAGUGCUAGACCUGAUCAAUAAGGAACGGCGGCAUGGUUACCUUUUCCAGUUGCUGCGGGUCGCUGAUGCCCAUUUGGACAAAGUGGAAUCUGCGGCUGUCUAUUACCUAGUCUUGGAUGUGAAAGAAUCCGACUGUUCAGUCCUAUCCAGGAAGCACUGGGAUGACUGUGCGCCCGCUCUUUCUAAACGUGUAUCUGAUAUAGUGAUCGGACAGUGUAAGGUGAUAGCCACACAAUGUCUGAACGACACUCAGUAUUUCAGAGUGAUGGACUAUAACUGCACCACAAGUUCUGUCUCUUCGGCACUGGCCAAUAACAAAGAUAGCCCUGUAGUCUUCGACUUCUUAGAAGAUACUGAAUCUUACAGAACACUAGCCGACAGAGCCCUUGAGAAGUACAAAGAGGAGAAUGGAGAUUUUGCCUCUUUCCGAGUGGACCGACUGGAAAGAGUUGUCAGAGGGAGAGGAGGGGAAAGAACCGCUUACUACGUGGACUUCUCUGUGAGGAACUGCUCCAGUAGCCGCCAUUUUCCCAGGCACCAUAAUGCCCCUGGAUUCUGCAGAGCAGAUUUGUCCUACGAGGUAGGGGCCUCUGACUUGGAAAACCCAGAAGACAUUGCCAUAAACUGUGAAGUCUUCAAUUUCGAGGAAUGUAGAAACUUCAGUGGUAUACCACACCAUUUUGGCCAUCCCUUCCACUCUGGUGGACAUAAGCAUUUUGCUGGCAAGGCUCCAUUUAAGCCUGAUGAAUUUAGAGAUCACCAUCCUCCUCACAAGCCACAUAAAUUUGGAUGCCCACCUUUUCCAGAAGACAGACCACCACUUCCCCCACCAGGGUCAAGAUGUCAUCACCCCCAUUUUGGCAAGAGUGGGACCCAUGGACACCCUCAUAAUAAUAGUUCCAGUGAGAACCAUCCCCAUGGUCCCCCUCCCCACGGGCAUCAUCCUCACGGGGAUCAUCCCCAGACCCCCUCCUCCUGGGCAUCAUCCUCAUGGGGAUCAUCCUCAUGGACCCCCUCCUCACGGGCAUCAUCCUCAUGGACACCAUCCCCAUGGACACCGUCCCCAUGGGCACCAUCCCCAUGGACACCGUCCGCAUGGGCACCAUCCCCAUGGACACGAUUUCCUUGACCAUGGGCCUUGUGACCCACCACCUCAUAGACAGGGUCCCGAAGAUCACCCUCGCUGGGGCCAUGGCCCACCCUCCAGGCACUCAGAAGAAAGAGCUCCAGGUAAAAGGCACUUUCCCUUCCACUGGAGACAA